GUCCCAAACAAAAAGGUAGUUAAUGGCUAACAUGAGCCACCGGUGACCGUUAAGCUAUCCGGCGCCAAAAUAUUCGUGGGUUCUCUCUCUCUGUUUCCAUCACUACUACCUUUCUCUCACUCCAAAAGCUUCCCAUAAAACUCCAAAAGAAGCCAUUUUUAUAAGAAACUCAGAGGCACUCCUAGUUAUAUAGUACUAGUCUCUCAUUUUGGAGCUUUAAACUCCCAACUCUACCCCCCACUUCACUUCAAUCAAAUCAAGUCUUUAACAUGGAGAGUAGCUUCUCUUCUCCCCGGAACGAUUCGUUUCCGGCCGGUCUCCGGGUUCUUGUCGUCGACGAUGACCCAACUUGGCUUAAGAUCUUGGAAAAGAUGCUCAAGAAGUGCUCCUAUGAAGUGACAACAUGUUGUUUGGCAAGAGAUGCUUUAUACUUGCUUCGUGAAAAGAAAGAUGGAUAUGACAUUGUGAUCAGUGAUGUCAACAUGCCUGACAUGGAUGGGUUUAAACUUCUCGAGCAUGUUGGACUUGAGAUGGAUCUUCCUGUUAUAAUGAUGUCUGUUGAUGGAGAAACUAGUAGAGUUAUGAAAGGAGUUCAACAUGGAGCAUGUGAUUAUCUUCUUAAGCCAAUAAGAAUGAAAGAACUGAGAAACAUAUGGCAGCAUGUCUUCAGAAAAAAGAUUCAUGAGAUAAGAGAUAUAGAGGGUCAUGAAAGCAUCGAUGGUAUUCAGCUGACGAGAAAUGGAUCAGAUCUCUAUGAUGAUGGAUACUUCCUUGGUGUCGAUGACCUCACUUCAUCUAGAAAAAGAAAGGACGUUGAAAACAAAUACGAUGACAAAGACUUUGGUGAUUCUUCAUCAACAAAAAAAGCUAGAGUAGUCUGGUCUGUUGAUCUUCAUCAAAAAUUUGUAAAAGCGGUGCAUCAGAUUGGAUUUGACAAAGUUGGUCCAAAGAAAAUACUUGACCUCAUGAACGUGCCCUGGUUGACCAGAGAAAAUGUUGCUAGCCACUUGCAGAAAUAUCGGCUCUACUUGAGUAGGCUGCAAAAGGAAAAUGAUCUGAAAUCUUCUUUUGGUGGGAUGAAGCAUUCUGAUUAUCCCUCAAAAGAUCCUCAAGGAAUUGUUGGUCUUCAGAACUCGAUUAGUAUAAAACAAAAUGAUGUUACGAAUGGCAGCUACAGAUUUUCGGGCAAUACCUUGGUUGCUCCGACUGUGGUGGACCCAAAGAGCCUUGAAGAUGAUGUAAAUGGAAUUAUUCCAGUGCCUGUAGCAGAACCAAAGAGAGGUUCGACUCGCAGUAUUCCUGAUUCGCACAAGACCAGAAGUUCACAAGUGGACUCGAGUCAUUCUUACGCAGAAACCAAGAAAGGCUUGAUUGGUAAUGUUGCUGAUUCUCUGAAGACCAGGAGUUCACAAGUGGGUUUCAAUCAAUCAUUUGCAUCAGUGGAAUCUGAAAUAAACUUCACUAUGCCAACAAAGUUUUCUUGGAGUGAAGCUCAAAUGAAACAAGAACACAAGCCAGUUGUUCAGUUAGAUAAUGGCUUCAACACGUCACAACCACCUGGUGUACAGCACCACCUCCAAGCUGAUCUACUAAAGUCAAUCCCUCCCAUUAGUUCGAGACCAUCUAUCUCAGAUGGAGAAACCACUCGCUCCAUUAAGAGUAAGCCUUCACAAGCUGCAUACAGAAACAGUCACAUUAGCCAUGCAAGUCCAACAAUAAGUGCCGCAGACUCCUUUUCAGAUCAUACCAAGGGCUGUGUGGUGGACCAAGGUUUUGACCCCAGUUCCAACAGUAUAUCAAACAUGAAAAACCAGAGCUUCAAUCUGAGUUACCUUACUAAUUUUGAAGCUGGCCAAAAGAACCUAGUCUUCGGAAGUGGAUCAUCUUUUCCUUCUCUGGAGGACGAGUUGCAAAUUUGUUUGUAUCCAGGUGAUUAUUUUGGUAUGAACCUUGGGGUUUCGGAGUUUGUUGAUCCUGAGGUUCCUGCUCACUUGUAUGAGGCACUGAGAUUUGGCUGUGAGUAUCCAUGCGAGUCAUCGGAUUAUUCUCUGGCUGAUCAAAGUCUUUUCAUAGCAUAAACUGGCCCCUGAGCCAGCCCAGCACUUUUGCACAUCAUGAAGAAACCAUCCUUUGGUAUUUUGUGUGGCAAACGAAUAUAAGUCGAGUAUCCAACCAAGUGGAUCUGGAUAUUAUCUCUCUGAUCAGAUCGAUUGGAUUUGAAUAUUGCAAUGUGUAUAUUAGGAGUGAUGACAAACUCUAGCAUAAUAAGUUAAUCUUUAAUUUGG